AUGACGGUUUCAGUUGGUUUAACAUCCUGUGCACCUCAUGCUAAAGACCUGGAGCGAAAAUUAGACACAGUGGAUGUACAAGGUGAUGGAGUAAAAAAAGAGGAUGCUUUGAAAGGUGACCAGAGCAGGUGUGGAAGUUCAGUUCAAGGAGUAGAUGAUGUGUGUUUACCAUCAUCUUUGAAAAGUAUCGAGACAAUCAAAAAAGAAUUCGGAGAGACUGAUGGUGCCUUGGAUAAAUCUUCGCCUUCAAGUGAGAAUGGAGCAGUGGGUAACCAAGGUGACAUAUCUUCUGUUGGUAAUAAGUGUUUGAGUCCUAAUAAGGCAUCAAAGGGAGGGAAAGCUGUCAGUCGCGGUAGAAGAAAAAGCGAUAACAAGGACUACAAUCAAAAGUCUCAAGGCAACAGUCGAAAUCGCGGGAGAAAAAUAUCCAAAAGUACUAGAGAUUAUGAAAACAGUUCUAGCAAUGGUGGCAAUUCUGGGGCAGAUGGAAAUGGAGAAGAUAAUGGAAGUGAUGAUGAUGAUGAGGAUGAUGACGGGGAUGAAGAUGAUGAUGAUGAUGAUGAGGAUGAUGAUGAUGAUGAAGGAGAAGAUGAAGAUGAGGAUGAGGAUAAUGAAGAUGAUGAUGAUGAUAUCUCGUUAAAUGGAAAUGAUAAGAGUAUAAAGACAGAAAAGAUCAAGCAAGAGCCGGAUGAUCAAGAGGUAUUACUACACCACAGCUAGAAAUACACGUACAUGUACAUGUAAUGAUCUAGUGCUGUUUUCAAUCCCAAAGUGUAGGGAUGAAGGGUCAAAAGAGUCAUAAAUUUACUUUAACACCCUACUGUUGAGUGUUGAUAGUCAUUGUACAUUAUUGUUUUGGUUUUUCAUUCCUACAUGUAAAUGAAUUCCUAAUCUUCUAGCAGCUAGAUUGUUUAUCAUACACUUAAUGUCAGAUCUCGAGGGAAACAGUUAGUUUUGUCUUCCCAAGAGUCCUGAAGUUUCCCACGACGAAGUUGAGGAAAACAUCACAACUGGAGGGAAAACAAAACUAACUGGUUUCCCGUGGGACCUGCCAUGAAGUUUUGUGUUUUAUUUCUAGACUUUCAUUUCAACAGCAACAAAAGAAUGACUGGAGCAAAUCAAAUCAGUCAACUCGGUGCUUAUACAACACACAUUUAAUUCUCAAAACCACUGAAUGAAUGAUUUACAAAGUACUUUCCUUAUAUCAUCUGCAUCUUUUUCCUCCACCAGCUGAUGUUUCUCUUCUAGGAUAACCUUGAAAGUCAUUGCUUUUUAGCUUGAAGCUUCAUGUUUGUUGUGUGUUCAUUCACAAAAAAGAAAACUGUUAGUGUUUUCCCUGCCUUCUGUCACGCCUCUUUGCACCAUGUUUUGAUUACGUGCUGCAAUGUAUCCCAAGCGGGGUACAAUUGCUCAAAUGUAUCACAAUUGGGAUACGUUUGAGUUUGGUCAAGGUCAUGUGACCAAAAAUCAACCAUUGGCAGUCCCUGUUUAGUUGAGUGAAAGUCUAGGAAUAUAACAAUGGUUUUUCAUAUAUGAAAAGUAGAGCCUAGUCAUUUCCUAACAAAGAGAGCUGAUUAAUGGUUUGGCUUGAUUUUGUGUGUAGUGUAACAGCUAGACAGUUUCUGUUUUUGCCAGAGCACAUAGUCAUGAAAGAAUAAAAUGAAACUUCUUUGCCAGUACUUUUACAUACAUGUAGUACCACUUGCUUUCUUGUUUUUUUGUCCUCUAACUUUUACAUAAUGAGUCAUUGCCAUACUGUACAUAAGAAGAGGAAAAUGUUGUGUAGAAAAAGAUAAAAAUAAACCGCAAAAAUAUGAAUAAAGAUACAUUUUAGAAUUAACCAAUUAUUUGAUUUGUUCAAACAGAUGUGUCCUACAGGAUUGCAAAGUUUCAUGGCAGGCUUGGAUGGCAGUAAUAUUCCAUUAGCUGAUCUUCUUGAAAAGCUUCCAAACUCAGUGUGUCCUGGAGAUGAGAGUGGCUCAACCUCAGUGUCUCCUGGGGUUCCUGUGACACUUCAUGGGAUAGUAUGUCAUGAAAUAGGAGGUAUGGCUACCUUUAGUUUUCUAGUAUGCUAUGGCUAUGAUAUAUAACUUUAAUACGAUAACUUACCAAAUUCAUUUACAUAACUGUAAUAUUUUUGGCUUUAAUUUUUCAAAUGUAUUGGAGUUGAGGCAAUGGAAAGUAAUACUACUCAGCAGUGAUCAACAUGCUCAAGGUUUCUUCCUGUCAUUGUCUGAGAAAGUAGAGUGGUUUCAGCAAAUUUUAAUGAUAUUGUAAAAUUCAAUAAUUCUCUAAAAUGCAAGUAUAAACAAUAUUGCAUUGUAAAAAUCAAGUAAACACGAAUUUUAGAUCACUUUUUAGGUUCUUGAGCAACGUAGAUUUACACCUUUUUCAAAAAGGUGAUAGUGAUAUCCACCAGAUAAAUCUCUAUCCACUGGAUAACACAAUUUAUUUCCCUAAUCUUACAAUGUAUCUGGCUCCAGUUGUUCAAAAGCUGGAUAGUGCUAUCCACCAGAUAAUCUCUAUCCACUGGAUAGCGCAAUUGGCUCCCCUAAUAUUUAUCCACUGGGUAGUGAUUUAUCCGGUGGAUAGCGCUAUCCAGGUUUUGAGCAACGGGGCCUGCUAGAUACUGGUUUGAACAACCUGGUCCAGGAGUAGAUACAUGUACAUGUAGCACAUUUCUAAAAGUAAUACGUUUUAACAUUCUUCAGUAAAACUACAAACUGUACUUGAAUGUGAGUGUCCUUCAUGUCUGACCAAAGCUGCCAAACCAUUUUUACUAUGGUAUUUUUUUUUUUCGGAUCCAACAAUUCAAUUAGCUGUUGUAGAAAUAAUAAUACCAAAGUUUGUGAUUUUUUAACUAAAAUAAUGAUAAUAAACUGUGAUUUGUUGGGUUUUCUGCUGUGUUUGUUUUAGGGGUAUUGGUUGUAAAUAUCAAAUGGAGAAACAAGUUUUAUUGCGGCUCACUGAUAGACUGUUCCAAGCAUGCAUGGGCCAGUCCAAGGUACUGUUCAUACAUUUUCAAAGUUUGUGAAUAUUAAGUAAAUCACUACUUUAACUGUGGCUUGGAUAUGUGGUCUUCUUGACAUCAAAUUUUGCACAAUUAUGAUUUAAUAAUUGUUUUCAAGAUGUAAACAUGGAGAAGCUGCAUCAGACAAUCAAGAGCCUACAUGUAUAAUGUAUGUCAUUAGAUGGUUAACCCACUUGAGUUAUCUAGUUAUCUGAUAAAACACUGGUACUGCUAGUAGAUGUACCCUAUUGGUAUUUAAUUAUUUUAUUUUGCGUUUUUUGCGAUUACAAAAAAAUCGUGAAAUUAAAGACUUGCAAAAAUAAUCAUCAUGAAAUUUAAGCAUGCGAAAUUAAAUACUUAAGUAAAAAAUUCAAACCACAGAAAAAAAAUAUUAUCAAUUUGAAAUAGCAACAACAGUUUACAGGAUAUGUAUCUAUAAUAAUAUAACUUAUUUCAAACUGGUUACGCUGGUAAGCUCGGUUUUGUAGAAUAUUUCAGAAAUUUGUUAAAAAUAAAAUGAAGUUGAGAAUGCCUAAAUCGUGAAAUUUAAUGCCCUUUUCUCAUGUUUGCAUGUUGAAGUUUUGAAAAUAAAACCCUGUGAAAUACUCUCUUGCCAAAUUCAAGAAAUUAAAUUAUCCGCGAAAUUAAGUACUAGUAAGGUACAAUGUACUUGGACCCCAGCUAAGAAUUGACUUACAGAUCAUUACAUGACAGUGCAAUAAUAUUAUUGUAGUCUUAGUGUAAAAACACCUGUCACUGUAGUUUUAUCAGACCAGUGCCAUAAAUUACUAUUAUGUUGUGAGCAGUAUCCCUCCCUUCCUUUUUUCACACACCUGAUUAUUCUUUGUUCUCACAGGUUUCCUGCUGCGGAUGGAAGUGAAAAUGAAGUAAAGAUGGGAGGAAAGGUAGGAAAGGGAAAGAGAAGACAGAAGAACAUCUCAGAGUCGUCUGCUACAGGAGUUGUUAAAGAAGGUGUAGUUUUCAUCCAUUUCCCAGUUAACUUGUGUCAGUAGUGAUCUGGAUUAGAUUUCUAAUACCCUGUGCACAAUGUAUCUUUCACAACUUGCAGCCACACCUUUAAAGCACAAGUUGCGUGGCAGGAAGAAAGGAGCUGCCAAUGGCCCACCUCCAAAAUCUCAAGUGUUCAAAGGCAUUGGCAAGAGGAGAGCAAAAAAUAUGGAUGAUGACGAGGAUGGACCACGCCCUGGCAAGCGAAGCUGCACAAUGAAGACAACUGUGUCUCCUCAGCCAUCUCCCACCUUGAUAGAGUGUCCAGAACCUGGCUGUGACAAGAAGUAUAAGCAUAUCAAUGGAUUACGCUAUCAUCAGGCACAUGCCCACUUAGAGGAAGUAUGUAUCUUAUUAUAAACAUUAGUAUCAGCUACUGUCUAUGCUUUUGUAACGGGGGAACCCACAUAUUUGGAAUCUUGUAUCAAUCCUACAGAUGUGCAGUUGUGUAGUGUAUGUGUUAUUCCAUUUUUCUUGGUCAGUUUCAUUUUCCCUUGUUUCUGGCUAAGGUAAUGUAUGAGAAUGAGUUAGAAACAAAAGAGAGUAACAUUUAAACCAAAAAUCAAAUUAACUACAACAUUAUGAGUACAUGUAUGCCAACUACUACAUUUGAUGAUAUUGGAAGGAUGCCUAAAGUAGUGAAGCAAACUGGAGCCCAAGGUGCUAGAUUUUUGAGGUUGUGUGCUUCAAACUUGAAAUAUCUGAAUGUGGAUAACUUGUUGCAGGGUACAUGUACAUACCAGUCAUAUUGAAAGUUAUGGUUUUUUUUAAUUCUGUUGUGGUUUAAUUUUAUGUUUGGUUUAAAUUCUAUUUUCCUUAGUUUUUGGUUGUGAUAAUGUAUGAUAAUGAGCGUAAAAGAAAGGAAAUUAAAAUUUAAACCAGGGAUGAUAUCGAACCACACCAUAACCAUUGUCUUUCUUCCCUACUUUUAAUCUCUAAUUCUAGUUGAAAAAAAUACGCUCAACUUGUUAAAAUAGAAGUAAUUCACUCCUUUCUAUUCCAGUCCAACCAAUCAGAUGAGAGGUCUGCUAGCACCAGUCCCUCUCCUGUGGAAGAGUUUAAAGAGCCUGAUACCAAGCCUGGUUUCAAAGGAAGAACUUCACGAGUAAGUGCACGAGCAAGAAGCAUGUCGCCUUCCCUAGCAGCUGCCAUUGCUUCCAUGAAUGAGAAAAAGAGUGACUCCUUAUCGAGAGGUAACAAGAAAAGAGAAACACUGGAACCAUCAUUAGAUGGUAAAAAUACAAAGGAGGCAAAGAUAUCCAAAUCACCAAUUCCUGCCAGUGAGGAGGACAGCAACAUGGAAGAGCCUGUGACAACUAUUGUAGAAAUUUCUGAUAAGUGCCAACAGGCUUGUGAACAUGAGAUAAGAAAGGAAAAUAGGGAACUUGGCAUUGAUCAAGGUAAACAAGGAAUUUCAGAUUCCAAGUCUGGGUUCAAACCAAUAGAGAAGUUGGAAACUGGAGCAAGAUGUGUGCAGGUUGAGAAUGUCACACCAGAGGAUGCUAAUGGCUCAGCUGUGGCUCAUGCAUCAUUAGGAGAGCCAGCAAGUAGUGCUGCAAAGACAGGGGAAAUGCCAACAGCCAGCAAAGUUGUGAUUAAAGAGACAGCUCAAAACAAUCAAGAAGUUUGGGAAACUGUUAUUGACAGUGGGUUUAGUGUGGCAAAUGGUAGUGGUAAAUCCCAAGACUUGGUUGAGGAUGUAGAAAAAGCUAUUCGGGAUAACAGUCUAAGCAAUAAGCAGUUUGAGGGCCAGUUAUGCAUUCCUGGCAUGCAGCCAGUUGAUUUACGUCAGGCUGUUGACACUGGAGUAGGACUUAUUAACCAGCUGGGCAUUGAAGUGGAAGAUAUUAGUGAGAAUGAAGAAGAUAUUGACCCUGGUCAAGGUAAGGCAACAGCAAAAGCAUUGAUUUACACGUUUAAUAUCAGGGGCACCAUGUAAACGGGGCCCAUAGUGUCUUCUGUGUAUGCUUGACAUGGCAUCAGGUGGCACUUGGUUAAUUAUUUGAUUCCACACAGUCUCUUUAAGUGGCAGCAGUCUCCAGUCCCAUUUCGCUGGCUUGUUAACGUCAUAUUUCAGCACUGAGUACCUGUUUACAGUGUAUAAGUGUUAAGUGUAAAGCAUUAAUUUUGUAAGGGACAUGGAAUAAGGCCUCAGUGACUUUUGAUGUAGAGUCAAAUUCUCACUUUGUUUUACUAGUCAAUACAAAGCAAUGUGGGUGCAGAAUGUGUCCAUUUAUCAGAAAUCACUUACAUGUAUUUGAAGCCUUAUUCCAGUCAACCUUUCAAUUUUAUUCAGUGGUCGAAAAAAAGAAGAAUCUUACUGAGCAAAACUUUGAUGGUCAUGCUAACGAGCCGGGUGUUGUAAACUCUCAUAAUCAUGCAAAUGAGUCUUAAUUAUUAUUGUUGUGAGCAUGCUGUUUUUUUUAGUGAUGAUUGAAACGAUGCACCACGUUCAUCCUGUUUUCAUUCUUUGGCAAUGAUGUAAUAAUUCUCUCGAAUUGAGGCCCUUGAUUUUUGUGUAUUUAAAUGCACAUUGGAUAUGAUUGACAAAACAAAUAGACGAAUAUGACGUAAAAAGUAAAUUAAUAUCCUGAAGAAUACUCAACUGUCAAUGAAGUAGGACCUGAAAAACAUUUAUAGAGGAAAUCCUGUUUCUAGUUAAUCGCCUCCUCAAGGCUUAUCUAAUCUCCAAGCAAGUUGGACAAAUGCUUUUGAGAGCGUUCUUGUUAUUCCAAAAAACUGGAUAUCUGUAGGAUACCUGGAUAGCCAUUUGUUUAAUACCUUGACAUUCAUAAGUAUUAAAAGCACAAAUAAUAUGUUGAAAUGGCAACUGCAGUUCAAAAAUAAAACAAACAUUAAAUAUGACAAAUGUAUAUGAAAAUAAUAAAUCAUGUAUGUAAACAUAAAUGUGCUGUAUUUAAUGUACCUUUAAUAAGUGCCUGACAAGUUUGCUUUUCUAUACAAUUGUUUACCACAGAUUCUGAAUACACCAGUAAAGAUUUGGGUACUGAUAAAGUAAAGUCUGAGAAAGAAAGGGACAACUCUUUUCCUGACUCCGGGCACUGCCUAACCCAGAUAAAGAAACCAGAAAUGAAAUCCAGUGAGAGCUCCUCAAAUUCUGAUUCACUAAGAACUAAGCUUGGAAGCAGCUUUUAUUUUGACAUGAGAAAUGAGAACACUGACAGAGAUGUUAAGAGAAACGUGAAGCAAGAAACUAAAUCCUUGUCAGAGUGCCAAAAUAUAAAAACUGAGGCAUGGAGCAAAUCCACAAAUUCUCUUUCACAGUCAUCAGUGACGUUGCAAGGGAACACAGAUACAAGGUUAAUAGCGGUAGAAAACAAGACUCCAAAGACUACAAGUGGAGGAAUUUCCACAGAGGAUCUUGUUUCUAAGAGUAUUUCACGUAGUGCAAUUGAACCACCACUAACUAAUACCGAUGCUCCAUCAGUGAGAUACCAAGUCUUUGAAUGCAGAAACUAUGGUGAUGACUUCUAUGAUAAAUGCAUUAGAACAUCAAAUAUGGAUAAGAAAGGAAGUACAGAGUCAAAAACUACUCUAGCUCCUAUUCGAUAUCCAGAACUUCUGCGUAAUGGAGCUACAAGUAGUUCUGAGCUGGCUUCAGACUGUAGCAAAUUACCCUCUGAGAGCAUAAGAACAACUGGGAAUGCUAGGAAUUCCUUGGACUUGGAAGAGAAUACUAGUAUCAGUAGGGUCCCAAACAACGAGCUUCGUGUUGCUGCCACUAUUGCUAGAACCCAUAGUCCAACUCCAGAGGCUUUCAACAGAAAUCCCAAUUUGCCCGAUAAGUUGAGGACAAAAAGCCCAAGCUCGGCAACUUUAUUUACUGGCACUGUGAAGAAUUUGUCUUCUUUUACAAGAUCAGGGUUUGACUCCAAAUCACCCCCCUCUUUCUCAACCUCAAGCGCUAAAUUGCAUUCCUCAAUAGUAGACAGGAAAGAGCCAUCAAAUCCUUUUCAACCUGUGAUUGUGGAACAUGAUUUCCAUCCUACAGAGGGAACAAAAGGAAUUAAACAAGAAGUGAACUUGAACCAGUCUAACACAAAAACAACAUUUGUGGAUUCCAAGAGCAGACCAGGUUAUAAUGACUCAACUGGUAACAGGAAAAGUCUGUACCCUAGCCAAGAAACAGAAAAUCAUGAAAAGUCUUACAAGACAGCUGCCAGAGCCCUUUCCAGACCACACCCAACAUUAAUUUCAAGAAACAGUAAUUCACUGCCACCAUCACUCCCUGUUGGUGUGGCCCUUCCAUAUCCUAGAGCUUCAGAUGGUGGGUUAGCAUCAAGUCUUUCAAAGGGCUUUGAACAAAAGACAUCGGUUGGUGGGUCAUCUGUUACAUCAGGUAACAUUCCUCUUGUUCUUUAUUAUGUAAGGCAUAGCUAUAAACAUAAGUUAUUACCCAUUAGACUUUACCAAAUCAGUGAACAGCAGUUUUCCUGUCUUGAUUGGCUCCCAUAACUGCAAUAUUUUUGGUUAUAAUUUACCUUUUUGACAUGGGAGUGAAAAUGGCAUCUUAUUUUGCAACAGUUUUAGAAGACAAGGUUUCUGUGGCAAAAGCUGUUCCACAAAGUACUAAGAAAGCAAUGAAAUUUGGCUUGUCAUUAUUUACUGGAAGUUAAAAAAUCACCUUCUUUUUGGAUUUGCAAUAAAUUUAUGAAGAUGCAAGUUGCAGAGGUUUUUCAUUUUACUUCAACUGAUUUGGUUAAUUCUAAACAACUGUCCCCUCAGGUUUGGUGCAUAGCACUAGAUAAUACUGUAUAUCUCAAUGCUUUGUAACUCAGUAUAAUAAUAAUAACCCCUGUUCACUUCCCCUUAAGAGGACAGUGAGAUAAUAUUUUAAUGUAAUAUCUUUGUAUUAAUUGCUAGUCUUUGUGACUGGCUCAUAAAGUAAACACUCUGAAAGAAAUGAAACCAAAUCAAAAAUACUAAUAAUAAAAUAACUAAAAUCAUGAAUACCAAACAGGCUGUUGAAACUCAAAACAUUUUUCUAUGAACUGUGCCUUACCAGUAUCCCACAGCAUUGCUUCUCCAAGACCCCUUCCAAGUGCCCAUGAUGACCCUGCAGAUCUGCCUCAAGCAGAGUCCAAAACUAAGCAAGUGAAUACUCUCCAAGUUCCCAUUCCAGUGGGUGAGGUAUCACCAGUGUUAUCGAAGAGGAGUCCAGGUCCUGCCAUUCAUUCUGGUCUGCCACCUGUUCUACCAACCACUGGACCAGGAAUUAAAACCCAGGGAUCUGCAUCAGCUCAUCCAAUCAUCAGACCAGGUUUAAAUGCUAUUGUAAACUUGAUAACAGUUUAGAGCGUAUUCACUCGUGGCCAGCAUCCAUGCAAAUUUAUGGCAACAAAAGGAAUUUUUUACAUAAGAAAAGAGACCAACUCCCACAGGAUUUGUUUGGAACACCAAUAUGGCUGCUGUGAUGUCAUGUGAAACAGCACAAAACAUCAGAUUUGUUAGACUGAGGAAACAGUCCACAAUUCACGAUGCCACCACUGGUUUCCCUGUAAAAUGACAUCUGAGAGAACAGGCACAGAAAUUUCAUACUGAUGAUGCAUCACUACCCAGAUGUGGGUAGUGCUUCUGGUUGGUCAUGCCUCGUGGGAAAUUUGCUUAAGCCAAUCAGAAGCACUUCCCAGAUCUGAGCAUUGAGGUGUCAUCAUUAUGGAAUAUCUGUGCUUGUUUCUCAGACGUCAAUGUAAACCAGUGGUGGCGUUGUAAAAUGUCAGCUGUUUUCUCGGACUACAGAUGUGUAAGUAACUAAUUUGUGUUUUUAGAUGCUGUGUUUGGCCUCUGAGGCAAUCAUCCUCCACAACUGGAUAGAGAGAACCACUUGUCAUGCAGUGUUUGAGAAUUUGCUGUACAUGUUAUUGAUCAUUGCAUUCAUUUCUUUUCUACUAGGGAUUAAGACCUCAGGAAUGAGUGACCAAAUGAGAAGUGAAAGGAAAAGUGAUACUUCGAUGAGAACACCUUCACCAUAUGGAAGAUCAAAAUCACCAGUGUCACGCUCUUUAGCCGUACCAAAAACACCACCUGACCGAAAAAGUCCUCAACCAGUAGCGUCAUAUCAAAAAGCAAGGGGGUCAGAAGAUAGCGCUAGGCAAGAUUCAGAUGUGAUUAUUGUGAAAGAGGAUCUUGCAAAAGACAAGUCAAGACUUGAAAAAGAAAGGGAGAGAAGAGAUGCUAGGGACUCUGCUGCUGAGCAAAGCUUCAGGUCACAAGAACCCAUGUCUGCAGAGCAGUUGAGAAACUUGCAGCUUCAACAGCAGCUGACAUUACAGCCGCAGUACUUUCAGCCAUUCAUGCAGGGUGGCAGCAUGCCACUAGAGAUGGUAAAGAACCUCAGCCAGCUGGCAUACUUACAGGGAAUCGCUGACCCUAAAGCAGCUCUUGCCCAGUGGAUGCAGUUUGUGUUAGAGCAAGAGAAACAGGUACAUGGUUGCAUAAUUUAUUGAACCCCAAUUCAUGUAAAACAUAAUUUCCCAACAGUCAUUUACCUGCUUGUUUGUCUUUUUGAAUGGUGUGCUUAGCUAUUCUGCAUCCUUCAGUGUAAUUUACAUGUUGUCACCUUGUGGUAGGAACUUGGUUCCAUGUAAAUAGGUUCAUGUUGCCUUUCUUUCUCAACACCUUUUAACCACUUUCUUCUACUUUCCUGCGAAUUUCCAUAUAGGUGCAGCCUGCCUUUCUUCCUGUUAAAACCUGCUUUCAGAGGGUGCAACAUACCCAAUUCUCCCCUCUUUUUCUUGAAAAAUACAUCUCCUGUUGGUUUUGCUAGUUACGUUGGGACAUGAUUGUAAGAAUUUUCACACCUUGUGAUUUCGCUCCAUAGGGUCCUGUUUAUGUUUCUAACAUUAUCCUCGUGGGAAAAAAAUAAAUAAAGGCAACAAAAUAGCAAUUUUCUGGGACAACAAUGAGUUGCUGAGGAUUGCACGCAGCUAUAACUGUUUUCUAAGUAUUGUUUAUGUCCACCUUUUUUAGCGAAGCAGUGGUAGUUCAAGCCACGUAGAAUCCAGACAUUUUGAGAAAAAAGAUGUUCCCAAAUCAAGUGACAGAGCACGAGAUGACAGAAGAAUCAGUGAAUCUGGUACCAAAAAGACUUCUCAAGCUCAUGUGGAUGUCAGUGACGUGGAGUUGCGCAGAUUUGCCGGUCAGAGUGACAGCUCACGCUACGCCUCCAAGAACUUGUCCCCUAAAGUGAUGUCAAAACCCUCAGCAGAUGAACCGGCUGAAAAGAGGUUUAGAGAUGAUGCCAGUGAGAAGAAGGGUGAGCUGGAAGAAUUCCUUCAGCAGCAGAAACACCAGCAACAAAUGUUAAUGUUAAAGUAAGAACCAUUUUCUUUUCAUCUUUUAUUCAGGUUCAAGCUGGGCAGGUGUUGUUUUGGGUUGCACCAUGGGAUUGUGUUUAGGAUAGCUCUGACUCAGUUCCCUGUGCACCCUGAUAACAGCCAAUAAAAGAAGCUAUACACCAGCAUCCCCAAAACAAUCCCAUCGUGCAAUUCGACUCAAUACCGACCCAAUCUCACGCACAGCUUUAAGCACAUAAUGGCCAGUUAAGUUUUUAUAGUGAAUUGAAGCAUUAUAAAGGCUUUUUUUUAAUUUUUUUGUUUUUGACCCGAGUUGCUCCCUUGCUUUCAGGCUUUCGUGGAUGAUGAUUUAGCUUUCAAGUGGUGUCUAAGUAUCCUUAGUUGGGUACAGUCAACUCUCCAUUACACAGUCACCUCUUUAAGAUAAACCUCCCUAACACGUACGCCUAGAACUGUUCUCCAUCCUUUUUUUUUACUUUCUUUAAGGUGGACACCAAGAUAGAUUCUUGGUGCAAGGGUAGGGGUGUCCAUCUAAGAGAUUUGACUCUAAUAGUUACUUUGUAAAGAGAGGUUGCACAGUCUCAAACUGACAGUACAGUUAAAAAAAGAGGGCCGGAAAGGAGAAAACCCUCAGCUAUAACCAUACUUUAGAUGUAUGUAAAGUGGGAUAGACUGAAGCGACAAUUUGGAAUGGUGCAGUCUCAGUCUAAAAUUUGAUUUAAUAAAUUCUUGGAAAUUACCAUUCUUAGUCUGUCUAUUGCCGUCGUUAGUUGUAUUUUGCUUAUUCCUUAUACUGUUCUCUAAUUAAGGCAGUUACAAAAGGAACAGAUGAGUGCCAGCUUCCCACCCAAACGACAGACCACCCCUGAAAAGCCAGACAGACUUGCUAUCAACCGAGAAAGUGAAGGGAUAGAAAAUGGUGUCAGGAGCACCAGAGAAAUGGCUGCUCAUCUGAAACCUCCGGUUUGUUAUUAAACACUCUUUUUGAUUAAUGUCAGGAAAUUAGCUACUGCUUUUAUAACAUGUAUAAUUAUAGUGUAUCAUUAGACCCUGUGCAAAAGGACGUAACAUUGUUGGACAACAACUACCAACAUUGUUGGAUAUUACAUGUUGCGUCCUUUUGCACACCCUGUUACAUGUUGUUGUGUGUUGUUGGGACUAGUUGCGUCCGUUUGCAUACCACUGCAGCACAGACGCAACAACUCCCAACAUUGUUGGCACAAUAAUGUAGGGAGUCGUUGCGUUCGUUUGCACGUAGCUUUAGUUAUAGAGGAGUUUGUAAAUAAUGUGUUUAUUUUGACGUAACUUACAGCUCAGAGAUAAGCCAAGUGUUUCACGGAAACGCGUUUUAAAUUAAUUGCAUGGUUCCAGAAAUGCCUUAACACGAAGUACGUUAUACUAACGCGCUUGAACGCACUGAUUUUAUUGGUAGCAUUAGCUCGUUGCUUUUGGGUCUCGUUUACGUCAUUAUUACCUUGUAAUGUUUGGCAGGAGUUACAGUAGUUGAGUUGACGUUGGAGAAAAUAUAAUCAAACACUUAACGUCCCUCAAGAAAAAUUAAUAGCAUCUACAUUUUUUUGACAACAACGAUCAGUUUGAUACUAUACAACCUGAUUAAAAGCUACUUACAGAAAAAAGAUAAUUUCUUGACAUUUGACCACCUUGCAUUGGUCGUUGUCAUUUUGCCUUAGUACUUUUUAACAAACGUUCACUAAAGAAAGAAAAAAUAAAUAAAAACGUGCGUUGUGCGUUGCUGACCUAUACUACACGUGGAUAGAAAUAAGGUAGUUCUGAGGAAUGGAGGUUCAAGUGAAAAAUCAUAAUCUAGAGCAGGUUCCAUCUCAUCUGCUGUUUUGUGAACAUUGUUAUCACUUUGUAUCUUUUAAAUUGUAGGAGGCAGUAUCAGCUACUGUGAAGGCGGCACAUCAUUCUCUUGAGGCAGAAAAUUCUUCCGGCCGAGCGUCUCCUUGCAGUCAAGUUGUGAAAUCUCAAUCAUUGUCUGCAUCAAGGUCUCCCAGACCUUCAAGGUCACCUAUACCAGCGUCACGAUACAAAGACGGCUUAUCAGCCUCCGAUGAAAAGACACACUUUCAAACGUAUCUUUUGGCACACCUGGGCGUGAGCAACUUUGAUCCAUCUACAGGUUUGUUGGGCUUUGACAAGUCAACAGCCAGAGUUUUACAUCAUAAACUGAUUCACCCCACGUAAGGUAAUCCAAGGCAGAUUUCGAAUUCCAAGUACUGCAUUCUGGGCUUUACAACGGUUUCCCUACUUGUCAAAUUCGCUACGUUCGAGUUCGCUACCUACAUAUUCGUCUCGCUGCCUAUUGCAAAGUCCAAAACUUGUACCCUUGGAGAGGCGAGCUUAAAAGAACGACAAAUAGAUUAAAAGACUUUUUUCUACGGCGAGCAAGGAAAUAUUUUCAGUGGUUUACAAUAAGUAAUAUGUAGCGAAUUUGUUGCGAACUAGGACGUACCGAAUUCGACAAGUAGCGAAACCGGUUGUUACCCAUUCUGGACUCCUGGUCAGUGGAACUUGGAUCCAGGUUGUCAUCAUUAGCGGAAUUCCGGAAUCCGGAUUACCUUACAUAGGGGGAGCUUAUGAUACACAAUUAUUCACCCUAAUUCUGAUGAUGAUUCCUUCUCUGGCUGUCGACUUCAAAUUUGGACACGUUUACUAAAAGUCACAUUCAGGACUACGCCAGUAUCCGGCCAAACGAUCACUUCACAGUUCUUAGGGUUUAGUGUGAUUACGUUUAAACUAGCUGUUACGUUGUACUCCUCCUUGUUGGUUUUCUUAACUUGUCCUUUCUAGUUUUAUAUAGCUUGCGUUGCAGCCGGCCCACACACUCUUCUAAACCAUUUGUAUAGUCUAUACGGAAGGUUUAGAGCGUCUGCGACGCAGGCAAGUUUUAUUUUAAUAACAUUUGACAUUACAAUACUUUCAUCUUUCCUUGUCAAUUUUAUUUGGCUUCAAGAACUAAUCCAAUAAGUUUCCUACAUGCAAGUAUCGAUGAUUGUUAGCUAUUUCUGUCUUCAUUUGAUUCUGUAGCGGGUUCAUUACCAUAUGGCGCUCAUCAGAUGCUAGUUGGUUCUCAGUUCCCGGGGCUACCACCCGGGCUGGUCAUGAGCAUGCCAAUGACAAGCCAUGGAGAAACAAGCUUAGUGACGUCAACAGCGCCUACUAGCAGGGAGAGGGAAGAGAGAAGUCCUUACCGUGGCAUGGAACGCGACCGUUCUUCAUCAACACCUACAUCACGCUCAAGUCCCCACUCGCGUUUAUCAACUACAGAAUCGCAUGAGAGGCUUCAAAGGCUAAAAGAAGCCGAAAAGGAAUCUCGGCACUCGCCAGUCAUGUUUCAAGAGGAGAGAGUCAGGAAUCGCAGUGUCACCAGUGAACAGAAUCUUUCACCCAAGUCUAAUAGGGCAUCGGAGUUGAAAGGUGAAGACAGCUCCGCCCGUGCUCAUCCGAGCAUCAUCUCGAACAACCUUGCAGUUAGUCGCUUGACAGCAGGCCACAUUGAUGCUCUAACUGAAGAGGAAUUCAUAAGACAGCAGAGGUUGGCAGCUGACCCGCGCAUGGGUUAUUACAUGCCUCCAGCUCUUAUGAGGACCCUUGACCCUGCUUAUGGUGAGUUGUUGUAUGUCACUGAGUGA